AGUUUGGUCCAUAUGGUGUGAGGUUUGCUCCAGUGUGACUUCACACCUCCACACUUUGGAGACGCGUCAAAAGUCCAAUUUGGCAGCGCGGAUAAAAAGGAGGACCUUGGCAUCCCCUCGGACUCACAUCGGAACCCCCACGCUCCGAGGAUCGUACAUUUUUCACUGCAGCCAUGGACGUUGGUGGAUUUAAUCUUUUGGCUCCACGCGGCAACAACGACGCGAACCCGCAGUCUCGCCUGUGGAGACCGUGGACCGGAACCGAGACCAGAACAACUGCUGGAACGCAGCCACCCAAACCGGCCAUGUUCGUCCACCCAGUCAAGUUAUUCUGGCCCAAAACCAAGUGUUUCGACUACCUGUACCGAGAAGCCGAGAUGCUCCUGCGGAACUACCCGGUCCAGGCGACCAUCUGCCCCUUUAACGACCCCUCCAGCAGCGAGGACGACAGCGAGGAAGAGGAGGAGGACGAUGAUGAAGAGGAGAUGGACAAACUCAACUAAAAGGACUUCCACAAAAAAAAAUGCUUUAAUAUAUUUCUAUAUUUAUUGCUGUGAAUAACUGUAAAUAUCUUUUUUUUCUCUCAAAAACUUUAUGAUGCAUUUAAGUUAUUUUAGUCAACGUUUCUACCU